UCUGUCUUCCAAUAUUUCACAAAGAGUCAAGUCCACUAUUUUUCCUUCACUUCUUACCAAUAUUUUCGAGAAAUUUCUCUUCAUAUUCUCUCUCUGUCUCUCUAGAUGAGAUCAUUCCAUCAAUAGCGAUGUCACUGAGACGCUCCUUCCUCUCUCGACGAACCACAAGCCGAUCCUUCGCUCUCUCCAAAUCGUUCAAAGAAUUCAAAUCCCUAGAAAUCACGGAACGACAACAAAACCGUAAUUGCGGAGACGACGACGGAGAUGAAAAUGGCGUCGUCGAAUCCAGUGAGGGUUCGUGGUCCACUAUGCUACCUGAGCUCCUAGGAGAGAUUAUAAAGCGAGUCGAAGCGAGCGAAGACAAAUGGCCUCUCCGCAAAAACGUCGUCGUUUGUGGAUGCGUCUGCAAGAGGUGGAGAAUGGUCACCAGAGAGGUCGUUAAUUCGCCCCUACAGGGUGGGAAAAUUACCUUCCCUUCUUGCCUCAAACAGCCGGGCCCACGAGAUUCUCCACGUCAAUGUCUUAUAAAACGAAACAAGAAGAACGGGACGUUUUACCUUUAUCUUGCUCUUACAUCUUCAUUCACAGAGAAGGGAAAGUUUCUAUUAGCAGCACGAAGAUAUAGACAUGGUGCUCACGCCGAGUACAUAAUAUCACUUGAUGCUGAUGACCUAUCUCAGGGUAGCAAUGCCUAUGUUGGAAAACUAAGCAAACCACCACAUAGUGGGGCAAAGCCAUCGAGCAGCAGAUCUGGCCGCCGGAUUGCAAGCAAGCAAAUAAGUCCCCAAGUUCCAGCUGGCAACUUUGAGGUUGGACAGGUCUCUUACAAGUUCAACAUUUUGAAGUCGAGAGGUCCAAGGAGGAUGGUAUGUUCGCUUAAGUGCCCGUGGUCAGGGGAAACUUUGGCUGACAAACACCAGAACUAUUCCGAGAUGAAGCAGCCAGAGUGUGCUGCUGCCUCUGGUUGCACAGUUCUGAGGAACAAAGCACCACGGUGGCAUGAACACUUGCAAUGCUGGUGCUUGAAUUUUCAUGGACGGGUGACAGUUGCGUCAGUGAAGAACUUCCAACUGGUUGCAACAUUGGACCAAAGCCAGCCAGGAGGAAAAGGUGAUGAAGAAACAGUUCUCCUCCAGUUUGGGAAGGUAGGGGAUGAUACCUUCACCAUGGACUAUCGACAGCCAUUGUCAGCUUUCCAGGCAUUUGCCAUUAGCCUCACCAGUUUUGGUACAAAACUGGCCUGUGAGUAAAACAUAGUUUAUGUGUCAAUCCAUGAAACUGGCGUGCAUGAAUGUCAUGUUUUCUCUUUUAGUUGGAUUGCUGUAUUUCUGCUAUGGCUUUCUUGGUUGGUAAAACAAAAGAAGUAAUGUAAAUGUUGUUUUUGUAUGAAAUGUGACAUUACUACGGAUAAAAUUAUUAAAUGACAAACAAUUUUACUGCUUG